CCAGCACACAAAAAUGUUUAAGAAAAAAGAGGCUGAAGUUGAUCAGCCAAUCUCAGAGAAUGCAUCUGGAGUCCCAACUUUUAUGGGUCUCACUGGUAACAAGUUAGGAGCUGCUAUCACUGCAACCGCUACAGUCGGUUUCUUACUUUUCGGUUAUGAUCAAGGUGUCAUGUCUGGUAUCAUUACUGCAGACCAGUUUGCAGAGGUUUUUCCUGCUGUUAGCAAGGACUACCAGGAGGCAAACAACUUCCCUGGUGACCCUGCUGGUGCGGAUGAAUACGCAUCACUUAUUCAAGCAACAUACACUUCUAUUUACGAACUUGGUUGUCUCGCUGGUGCUUUAUUCGCACUUAUUGCUGGUGACAAACUCGGUAGAUGUAAGAUGAUGGCUUUGGGAGCUUUCAUUAUGGUUAUUGGUACUGUUAUUCAAGUUACCGCUUUUGCCGGUUACAAAGCACCGGAACAAUUCUGUGUCGGUAGAGUUGUUACAGGUGUCGGUAAUGGUAUUAACACUGCAACAAUUCCAACAUGGCAGGCUGAAACAUCCAAAUCACACAACAGAGGUCUUUUGGUCUGUAUUGAAGCUUCUAUGAUUGCAACUGGUACUGUUAUUGCAUACUGGAUCGAUUUCGGUUUAUCAUUCGUUAGAAAUGAUGCGAGGGACGUUUCAUGGAGAUUCCCAAUCGCCUUCCAAAUUGUCUUUGCUUUCGGUUUAUUCGCAGGUGCCUACUACCUUCCAGAUUCACCACGUUGGUUACUAGUCAAUGGUCAUGAAGAAGAAGGUCUGAGGGUUGUUGCUUCUCUUAAUAACGUACCUGUCCAUGAUAAGAUUGCCACGAAAGAGGCAGAUAUUAUUAAGGAAUCUGUCAAAGCUAUGUCAGCAAUCAAGGCUAAAAAGACUGACUUGUUCACCGGUGGUAAGACACAACACUUAAGAAGAGUCUGGCUCGGUUCUACUUCCCAAUUCUUCCAACAAAUUGGUGGUUGUAACGCUGUUAUCUACUUCUCACCAGUCAUCUUCCAAGAUCGUCUCGGUUUGGAGAGAAACCUUGCACUCAUUCUUGGUGGUGUAAAUGUCAUUGUUUACGCCUUGUGUGCUUACAGUUCAUACUGGUUGGUCGAACACGUUGGUAGACGCAAAAUGUUCUUAUAUGGUUCCCUUGGUCAAGGAUUGUCUAUGAUUUUGAUUAUGGCUUGCAUGAUUCCUCAAUACAGAGUAGACAAUGGUUACGAAUAUUCAGGCCAUGAUCCACAAGAAGUCAUUAAGGGUUCCGUCCUCGGUCUUUUCCUUUUCUUAGGAUUCUUCGGUGCUACAUGGCUCGAACUUCCAUGGUUGUAUCCAGCUGAAAUCAACCCACUUCGUAUCCGUACUAACGCCAACGCUGUCUCAACUAUGACCAACUGGAUCUGGAACUUUGCUGUUGUCCAGUGGACACCACCUAUGCUUGCUUCUAUCGAUUUCGGUACUUUUGCUUUCUUCGGUGGUCUCAACUUACUCUUCAUUCCAGUCAUUUACUUCUUCUAUCCAGAAACAGCUGGUAGAUCUCUUGAAGAAAUUGAUUUGAUCUUCGCCGUUGGUUACACCGAAGGAAAGACUUACUGGAAGGUCGCGAACGAAAUGCCAAAACUCUCACAAGAUGAGAUCAUGGUUGAGUUAGACCGUAUUGGAUUGGGCGACACUACGCUCAGGAUUGACGCUGAGAAGGGCGGCCAAAGAGGCUCGUCUGAGCAACAAGAAUUCGCAUAAAGUUGUCAGGAGACAAAUUAUCUUCGCUUUCACUAAUUUUUUUCACCUUCUUUUAUCUAAUUAGAAACUUUUAGUUGUACAAAGUCUUAAUAACA